UAUCCUGCGAUACUAUUUCUCAGUUUAAUGCACUCAUCUUUAAUCCAUAUUGCAUCCGCAAUGAUGACAAUUAUGUAUUGGUUAUAUAUAGAUGCAAUUGAGUUAAUUAAGUUUAUUGCGGGGGUUUGUUUGUGCAUGCGCAUCACUAUCUUUCAGGUAUGGAGUAUCGCAAUGAUCAAAUUCACCAAGGCCGUGAAGGCAAUGGUGAAGCAGUGUCUGUGAGACCGAGAUGGACUCCGAAACAGGAGCAACUUGUGAUGCUCGAGUCCAUCUACAGCAGUGGAGUGGUGAAUCCUCCCAAAGACGAAACCACGAGGAUAAGAAAGCUGCUUGAAGAAUAUGGUCCGGUGGUUGAUUCCAAUGUCUUCUACUGGUUUCAGAACCGUAGAUCUCGCUCUCGUCGACGCACUCGCCAAAUUCAGGCCAAGAUAAACAGAGAACAAGCUGCUUCUCAUGAGUCUUCAGGCUCAACAAAUGCGUACGAACAUCAAAAUUCAACUUCUUUUACGGUGCCUAAUUCUGGUGAACAAGAUUUCUUUUCACCUGUAUCAUCCUCAUGCUUGGGAGGGGGUCAUUUUUUAUCAUCAUCAGAUCCCUCUCUCUAUGGUGAUAACUCCAGCUUUUACCCUACUCAAGUCUGUUAUCCAGGAAAUGAAAGAAAUUCAAGCGAUUCUACUUUCCAUAAUACAUUCUCUGCCGAAACUUCCAAUGUGCACUAUCAGUCGGGUGGCUUAAUCACAGUGUUUAUAAAUGGAGUGGCCACAGAUGUGUCCAUGGGGCCAUUAGACAUGAAAGGAAUGUUUGGGGAACAAGAUUUAUUGUUAUUUCAUUCUUCAGGAGUUCAAGUGAGCAACACUUGUUUUUCUUCCUCGCUGCAACAUGGAGAAAGCUAUUUCCUGGUUCCAGGAGCAAACCAAUAAAAGAGAACUAGGAAGUUGCUGAAUUUUCAUGAAGUUUAUGCAUUGUUAUGUUGAUCGGUCGGGGGACUUGUUUCAGUACUCAGAUAUAUUGUAUCCCUUAAUUUCAUAUUAGCCUUUGUAAAACUGCAACUGCAUCAUCAAAUAAUAAAUAAAUUUCUAGUAA